CACCGUCCGGCCACGACGGUUCUUCUUUUUUCUUCUUGCAAAAGCACCCUAGCAGUAGAUAUGAUCUAGCUCGCUGCUAUGCGCUAUUCUGCACAUUUCUUUCCAUCAUGAGGCCCCUCUGGUCACUUCUCCUGCUUCUGCAGGCUCUCUCGCCGGUUUGGGCAGAGCACGACAAAGAUCAAACCGUCACGACACCCCCGCCAGACAUCAUACAUAGCCAUGGAGAGUCCAGCCCUCCCGUCCGAGAGCCUGGCGCAGACCACGUCGAUGCUGCCAUCGCGAAACUCUACGAGAUCCACAACCCGGCCCAUCACAAGCGGCGGAAGAAGACGGGCGUGCUCGGACUGAUUGGGCAGCUGGCGUGGAAGGCCUUGCCGAGCCUACGAGCCAGCACGGCUCCCACAGAGGAGAGCGGGUCGAAUAGUAAGAUUGUCGACGCCCGACUGGUGGAAGCUGUCAGGCACCUGGAAGUGGCGACACACAAGAACAACUCAGAUGCUCUGUUUCUUCUCGCGCAGAUGAAUUACUAUGGCAACUACUCCCACCCGAGGGAUUUCCACAAGGCAUUUGAUUACUAUCAGCAGCUGGCAUCGCUGAACGGGAACAGCUCCGCGCUGUACAUGGUCGGGCUGAUGUACUCGACUGGGGUUGGAGAUGCGGUGCCCAAGGAUCAGGCGAGAGCCUUGCUCUACUACACCUUUGCGGCGGUGCGAGGACACACACGGGCGGAGAUGACUGUCGCCUCCCGCCACUGGACCGGCGUGGGCACGCCCAAGAGCUGCGAGACUGCGGCCAAAUACUACAAGCGUGUCGCGGACAAAGUCAUGGACUGGUACCGAUCCGGUCCCCCGGGCGGCAUGAACUGGAACAGGGAAGGCUACCACAUCGCUGACGAUUUUGGUGGUACAUACGGCGAGGGAGCAAGCGUGUCCAGCUCCGGCAUCAAUGCCGUACGCCACCACCCGAAUUCGGAUGCCUAUGCUGCCAUCGAAGACAUCAUCGAGUACCUAAACCUCAUGAGCAACAAGGGUGACUUCAAGUCGUCUUUCAACUUGGGAGCCAUCUAUUACGAGGGCCAGCGGGGCCUGGAGCGGAACCUGAAAGAGGCCGCCAAGUACUUCUUCAUGGUGACUAAGAUGUACUGGAAGAACGGGCGAGGCGACGAGAACCAUAAGCCGGGCCUCGAUAAAUACGCCGCCAAGGCAGCUGGCUAUCUCGGGAGGAUGUACAUGCGAGGUGAAGGGGUACAGCAGGACUUCGACAGGGCCAAGUUCUGGUUUGAGCGAGGCCUGGAGCGCUCCGAUGCGCAGUCCCAGUACUGCCUGGGGCUGAUGAUGCUUCAUGGCUAUGGCAUACCCAAGAGCAUCGCUCGGGCUACGGACUUGUUCAGAUCAGCGGCCGAACAGGAGUACUCCCUGGCGCAGGUCCAGCUUGGUGUCCUGUUUCUGGACCGCGGCAUGCCCGAGGACGUUCGUAUUGCGAAUGAUUACUUCGAGCUGGCAGCUAGGUACGGCAGCAUCGAGGGCCAGUACUACCUCGCCGAGAUGAUCUAUCACGGCAUCGGUCGGGAUAAGGCGUGUGCACAGGCUCUCGUAUUAUACAAGACGGUGGCAGAGAGGGCGGAACCUCUCGUCUCGUCUUGGACCGAGGCGAACAUGGCGUAUGAGGACGGCGACUACGAGCUUGCCUUGUUGGCAUACCUCCAUGCCGCGGAGGAGGGAUACGAGUCUGCACAGAACAAUGUUGCCUAUCUCCUGGACACACGACAGUCGAUGCUAUCAGACGUUCUCGGCAUCGGUGAGCCAAAAUCACCAGCUCUCAACAAUCCCAAUCUGGCGCUCGUCUACUACACGCGGUCGUCGAGGCAAGGCAACAUUGACUCUCUCGUCAAAAUGGGCGACUACUACCUUGAUGGGGUUGGAGUUGAUCAGGAUGUUGACAAGGCCGUCAAGUGCUACACCGGCGCCGCAGAGUACCAGCAAUCGGCCCAGGCUCUGUUCAACCUCGGCUGGAUGCAUGAAAACGGGGUGGGAUUGGACCAGGACUUCCAUCUAGCUAAACGCUACUACGAUCUCGCGCUCGCAACGAACGAGGAGGCUUACCUACCUGUAAAGCUCAGUCUCCUCAAGCUCCGCGCCCGGAGCUACUGGAAUACCUUCACGCACGGACGCAUUAACUCCAUUCAGGAUGAGCCUGAGACGACGAAGGACUGGUCCCUCAGCGAGUGGAUCAACAACUUCGUCCAAGAAGAGUACUACUACUACGACGACGGCUUGUACGACGAUAUCUACGACGACACCAUGCCAGGAGGCGACGAUCCUCACUACCACGGUGUCGAUGAUGACGAGGGCCUAGUAGACACUGUGAUCAUUAUGGGAAUAGCCAUCUCCCUCGCAUUUUUUGUCUACUACAGACAACAGCGCGAGCGAGCUCUGCAAGCCCGGCGCCAGGGAGAUCAGCAGCAACAGGGAGGCAACGCCGGUGGUGCUGCUGCUCCGGCACCCGCACCGCCAGCGCAGGAUAACGGUGGCUUCUUCCCGCCUGCAGGCGAUCCAAACUUUGCGAACUGGGCUGCUGGCGGCCCUCAGCAGCACGAGGCCCACGCCGCCUCAGACGCAGUCAUCAAGGACCUCGAUCGCCAGCUUGAGACCGCGCGGCAGGCAAGGCGCAUUGAGGAAGCCUCGGCGCGGCGGCGGCCCGGGGAGGCGGAGGGAGAAGAGGAGGAGAAGGAGGAUGAAGAGGAUGAAUCCGAAUUCAAUAUGGCGGAGAUGCUUCUAAGUCUGAAUAUAGACUCCUCGCUGUUAGGCUACGACGAGGAAGAGGAGAAAUGGAUCGACUGA